AUGCUGCGUCUUCGGACCAACGUGCAGGCGAUCAUGGACGAUAUGAACAAAUGUGGUCAGCUGCCGCGCCCGGAAAUUUAUUGCGACCGGCAGAUGCUCCAGAAGUUAGGAUUGUCAGGGGACGAGUACUGUACACAGACGGUGGAGGAGAUCUUGGCUCCGGGAGACAUUAUUUCCAACGCGGUCCUCAAUGCCGACGUCGAGAAGGAAUGGAGCAAGGCCGCAGAACAUGCGGCCAUCUUGACUGGGUCCAGAGGGACGAACAAGGUCGAAAAUUACUACCGAGAGAGAAUAAUCCAAUGGCGGAAUUUUCCAGACCAAGGAUUGGUGACGAUCGUGCAUCUCCCUUUCGAUUACGAGCUGGGUCGCUUCGUAGCCCAAGCUGGUACUCACUUUGCGACCGUGAGUGUGGUGGAGCCGGACAUUCACGAUAUGAAGCAGAUGGUUUGCACAGUUGGGCUAUUUGUGACCGGCUCGGCCUUCCCUGCCUGGGCAUCGGCCCACCUCGCUCAAAUGGCCCACUCCAUCUCGAUGAUGGUGCGGCAAACAGCCGUAUCGUUCAAGUCUUUAGACACGCUGUUGGAGGCGGAUCAGCAAUUCUACAUGGUUCUGUCCCUACGAACUUGUCCUCAGGGUCGGCCUUUGCUGCCUUGCACCUCGCCGGACUACAUGCUCGGUGCAGAGGAUAGUUCUGUCGUCCUGUUGGACCUGCCGAUUGGCAGCCCUGAGUCUCUUUAUCCAGCUUGGUUCCGGCCUAUGGGAGAGUUUAAUUUCCCGAACUUUUUGCAGCUGUUCCUCGUCUCCAUCGGUUGCCCUGAGGUGCAGGUGUUCAACACCAUGGAUGGAGCGCUCUUGGUUCCUUAUCAGGCGGUUGUCCAGAGAAGCCAGUGGGAGCAGGUGGCUUCAAGAUUCGACGCAGCUUGGAAGGUCCACAAGACGGCGUACCGGAAGCUGAACAGCUCGAAGCAUGCCCCGACCAUCUCGGAGGGCCGCAGCCCGCGAUUUGCUGAAGUUGCAGACGACGCGAUGGACAACCCGCAGUCCGUUUCACUCAGCAGCCUGAUCAGCGUGCACAACACCUUUAUAGAAGUUGAAGACGGCGAACUCAAUGAUGAUGAUGAGCCCAAGUGGGUUCGAAACAAGAGCGCGUGA